AUGAUAUCAGCCACGCGUCGCUGGAUCAGGCGAAAUCGCAAUGGCAUCGCAAUUGGUGCUGGUGUCGUUGGUGCAACAUAUCUAGCGGGACAGUAUGUGCUGGGAAAGAUCCAGGAGGCGCGAGAGCGCAUGCAGAUGGACAGGAUAGCAAAAGAGAACAUUCAACGGCGAUUCGAGCAGAACCAAACGGACUGUACCUUCACCGUCCUUGCUCUUCUACCUACCUUGACCGACAAUAUCCUCAAAGAACUACCCGUGGAGCAAUUGACUUAUGAGUUACAACAAAAGAAAGCCGAAAGGCUGGCUCGUGCCUCGAGCGAAGGAAAAUCAGAAGCUUCAAGUAUGCACGACGGCGAUACUGUCAGCAUGUCUAGUUUUCAGACUGGUAGUUUUAUUCACGCCAGCCAGAUACAAGGAGAGGGUUCCACACUUCUUCCUCGCAAGACAAAAGCACAGCUCUGGAAUGAAUUGAAGAUCACAUCAAUCACUAGAGCGUUCACGCUGAUAUACAGCCUGUCGCUGCUAGUGAUAUUGACCAGAAUACAACUGAAUCUGCUCGGCAGGCUCACCUAUCUGUCAUCAGUCAUUUCCCUUGCGAGGCCUCCGCCGCCCGGGAGAGCCAACUCGAUCUCGCUCGAGGAUCACGAUGACGGAGGCGCAGGAGCCGGGUUUGGAAAUGAUUUCCAGACAAACAGAAGGUACCUGACUUUCUCAUGGUAUCUACUGCACAGGGGCUACGCACAGAUCAUGACAAAGGUCAGGACGGCUGUUGAAGAGGUGUUUGGAAACAUUUCGCCGAGGGAAGGGGUUUCGGCGUCGCGAAUCAGCGAUUUGGUACUUGCAGUACGGCGGAAAGUUGAGGGGAGUUCGGAACAAGAAAGAUAUGCUACGAGGUGGCUACCAUACAUGCUGCCUCCCCGCGAGGAGGAGGAAGCGGUGUUGAUCGAGUCGGGCGUGAUCACACCCACGCCUUCGUCUCCAGCCCAAACUCAUGACGAGCGACGACUUGGCGAAGACAGCUCUUCCAUCCAUAUUGAUACCUCGUCAGGGCCUCUGCGUCAACUUCUCGACGAAACCGCUGAUCUUAUUGACUCCCCGAUUUUCACGAGGAUUCAUACUCUGCUUUUGGGGUCAAUGUUCUCAAACUUGGUGGACGCCCAUGUUAUUGCAGAGGCUUUUCCACCGCACCCAACACACUCGCCCUCGCCGUCGCCGUCGCUCUUCGGCACAACACAACCUCGCAUUCAAGAGCUAGACUCGGCAGUGACCGUUGUGCCUGGAGAGCCAAGAGUGAUACUUGUAAAAAUUUUGGCCAUCAUCACCCGCCAGGCUCACGCCAUUGGCAACGACAACAACACAUAUAAUGAAUACAUCUCCACUGCCGAGGCGGAAGUAAAAGAACUCGAAGCGUUUGCGGCUCUGAUCUACGCCAGCAACCUAGAUCAGAAUCUUGAAGAGAAGCAACAAGCUUCUUCGGACGAAGGUAUCAAAGUGUCGGCCGGAACAGGCGUCAGCGAGGUCGGCACAGAGCGUGUUGACGAAAUGAUUGAGAGCAAGCUUGAAAGCGCCUGGACGAAGGUCACCGGAUCGACCUUCCAACCCAAAUGA